AUGGCCGGCCUUCGCUUGGGCCUCAAGGCCUCCGUUCUUCUCCUGCUUACCUCCACCGUCCACGCUCUUCACUUCACACCCGACUCCGAAUGUGCUGCUCUAUGCUCAGGCGGUUCGAAUACGACAUCAUCCAGUUCCGAGAGUCCAGUGACAAGACCGUCGGAUAUUGUGUGUGAGGAUGAUGAAUAUUCAGAUACAGGGAACGGUAUAAGAUUCAAGAACUGCCUCAACUGUCUCCAGAAGAGUGACACUGCGUUGAAGAAAGAGAGUGACGUGUACUGGUUUCUGUACAAUGUCCGAUAUGCUUUCGAUGUUUGUCUUUACUCUUACCCUGAUGCAGCGGACUCGGGUACUAUCAACUCCCCCUGCAACAUCGAAAGCUCAUGCGGAUCUCUUGAGAAGGCUCUGUCGACGUCUCUACUCAAGACCAACACCGAUAAUCAAUUCGACUAUUGUGAAGCAGAAAACUCUAUCAUGAAGAGUACCCAUUAUAAAGACUGCAUCGGCUGCUUGCGCUCAACGUCGAACCAGAAGUACCUUGCAAAUUUUCUGAUUGCCAUGAAAGCUGGUUGUAUGCAAGAGCCCAAGGAGGGAGAUAUCAUUGGCCUCAGUGGCACAAUCUUCACGUCCUCGCUCAUCAACAUCACCGAUCCCAACACCAACGAAACGCUGCCCGGCGAUGACGGUGCGCCCGUUGGUUCUAUGACUACCGGAACCAUUGUCGGUAUUGCAGUCGGCUGUGGUCUCGCGUUUGCCGGUGCUCUCUGUCUUCUUUGCAUUUACUGUCGUCGAAGCCGAAGGCGUCACGCAGCAGCAAUUAAGAUUGAAUCACCACCACCUGACGCACCAAUGAAUGAUCAUUCCAUGUAUGGCAUCCAGAAGUCCUCAUACUUCACAGACUAUCCUGGACGUCCACUGUCGACUAUAAGCAAUGCUGCAAGGUUCGGACAUGCCCGGACCUUAUCCAACGCACAAUACUACGACACCCUUGAGAAUGGGACAGGAGACAAAGAAACUCCUGUAACAUACCACUACGCACCUCACUCGAAGAGCAAUGCUCCCAACAGUGCUCUUCCUACACACCCCGCAUACAUUCCUCGGGUGGUCAGUCGCCUACCUGAUCGUAGGCCAUCCCCAUCUUCAGGCCUGCGCAACGUGAGGACAAACGUCCCAGAUUCGUAUGCUCUCCAAACUUAUCUCAACGCCGGUGGCGCCAGUAUCGACUCCCGACGCAGUGCAGAGACUCCCUCGGAGAGCGCGAUAAGUUCUCUCGCUGGCAGCCGCAAUGCCUCUCCCACACCACAACCACUACUUCCGGCCAACGCACCAGCACCAGUACCGGCACCAGGGACACAAAAGUCCAAGAUGCCAAGCUUUUCGAUGCCCUCUCUCCCCAAGCUCUCAAUUCCAAAGAAGAAGGCACCGCCUCAACUUAACUUAUUGGAGGCCACGCCGAUCUCCGCGGUUGAUAAUGACCCUUCGCGUGAAUUGAGGAUUUCUAAGCCCCUUGCUGUACUAGAUCCCAGAUUUCAGGACAAACCGCUCGGUGGCAAACAGAUAUUGUCACACGAAAUCCCUGCGGGCUUCAAUGAUGAAUACUUGAAGAGGCGAGAGGCCAACAUCUCUCCCAUGUUGAGCGGCAACAGCCGCGUCUAUGGAUGA